CCGUUGUCCAGGCAACUAGAACCCCACGUGCCGAGGAAAUUUUUGAGUGAUUGGGACGAAGUGGCGCGUUGCAUCAUGGGUAGGUGAAGAGUAGCAAAGAUGGCGGACACCGAAGAUGAUACUGCCGUCGGUUCUCGGCCGAAAUCGGCGUUAAUGAGGCGACAUGAACAAUUGCAACGCUGGAAAGGCUCAGAACUCGAUAAGGAAAAAAAUUACAUUGAUCCUAAGAGAAUAAAAGUGAAAUUUCAUCAAGGAUGUGUGUUUCUAGCGGCUUGUGCCAGCGGCGACACGAGCGAUGUGAAGAAAAUGUUAGCGAAGGGAGCUGACAUAAAUUAUGCAAAUGUCGACGGGUUGACCGCUCUCCACCAAGCUGUCAUUGAUGAGAAGUUGGAAAUGGUGGAAUUCCUGGUUGAAAACGGGGCCGACAUCGAGGCACAAGACAAUGAAGGCUGGACUGCUCUCCACGCUGCCGCUUCUUGUGGAUUCAUGGAUAUUGCACAGUUCCUGAUCGACAAUAGGUGUAAUGUUGCUGCUGUCAAUAACGAGGGAGAGAUCCCUCUGGACCUGGCUGAAGAGGAAGACAUGGAAGAAUUCCUGCAGGAAGUUAUUGAAAAGAAGGGAUUGGAUGUUGAAAAUGCAAGAAACGAGGAAGAGCAAAGAAUGCUGACGGACGCCAACCAGUGGCUCAACACGAAAAACAUCAAAGAAAGGAAGCACCCGAAGUCUGGCGCCACGUCCCUCCAUGUUGCCGCUGCCAAAGGUUAUAUUAAAGUUAUGAGUAUUCUUAUACAAGCUGGUGCAAACGUCGACUCCGUAGACAAUGACGGCUGGACGUCACUCCAUGCUGCAUCUCACUGGGGCCAGAAAGAAGCCGUAGAAAUUCUAGUCGAGAACAUGUGCGAGAUGAGCCAUAAAAACAAUUUGGGUCAAACAGCAUUCGACCUCGCCGAUGAUGAAAUGUUAAGAUGGUUAGAAGAACUCAAGAAGAAGCAAGCCUCUAUGAAGAAGGAAGAGAAACACACACCAAGAAUCGAGGCCAAGAACCCCCCUCCAUUCAAGAGAAGAUUGCCAAGUAGUCUCAAAAAUCGUCCCGAGCCAAACUGUGUUCCUGAUCGCAACAUGCUGCUCCACCAAGACAUGUGCAAGGAGAGGAGGGAGCUGGAACUCAAGAUCCACGGCAAGGAGAGUGAAAAGGACAAGUCUGCGGGUGUAAGCAAACAGAAGACCCCUUCUGGUCCAAAUCGGGGACCAUCGCAAGCAGGCAUUGCCAAACGGAAGAUAACCCCAUGGGUCGCUCAGCGGCCUAUAUUCCCUGACUUUCAGGGAACCUCCUUGGAAAAGAAGACGAUGCAGUCGUCCAGCUCGAGCGAGAGUGACAGCGAGAGUUCCGAGGAUGACAGCAAGAACCGGCCCACCAAGAACCGCGGCAACCUGAACCAUAACAAGCCAGCUGAGGUUAACACUAGGCAAGCUAAUAGAUCCAUGAACCUACCCCAACAGCCUGUUACGCCAUCUACACCAUCAAAGAAAGAGGUUCCCAGUUUUUCUCCGAAGCCCCUCCAGCCCCAGAGGCAAGACUCCAAAGAAGACACCCCAGCAUGGCGACAGGGUCUACGCAAGUCUGGCAGUGCCAGCACAGUCCCAGAAGCCAAACUCAAACCAGAGAAGGAGCCUGAGAAAAUACCAAGGUCUGCGUCCAGUCCCAAACUGACAACAACCGAAGAGCGAGCCAAGCAAUCAGCUAGCGAACGGCAGGACCGGCUAGGGCGGCUAACGGAAGGAAGAACGGUGGACUCCAGAGUGACGGCUAAGACACCGGAACCAAAACCAGAGGAUAAAACCGGCAGGGAGGCUGGACUUUCCUCGCGAGGUGGGUCGUUCACGAGGCGCCGCAUCAUUGCCGAUGUAACAACCGAUCAGGACAAAGGCAGAGACGCCGAUCGCAACACGACCAUUACGGCCACCAUAACGACCUCCACCACCCCUCCGGUAACCACGGCAACAACGACCGUGCCCACUACCACCACCGGGAGAAGGUCAUAUAUGACACCUGCAAAGGAUGAUGAGUCGGAAACGCAACGCAGGGCCAGAGCCAAGCGGGAAAGGUCAUCUAGAAGGUCAACUCAGGGAGUGACGGCAGAAGAUUUAGAAGGUGCUAAGACGGCCAUCCGGGAAAAGAAGGUCGACAAAGAAGACAAGGAGACUAAGAAUGAACUCCAAAAGGACAAUAAGAAAGAAGAAGAACCAACAAGACCUCUACGGCGAGUGGGACGUGUUUCAUUUAGGAAUGAGGAGGAAUCUGAGCCGCCACCAUCGCAGCGAUCCGCUCGUUUGAAUGAUGAUAAUAAAGCUAGCUCAACGGCAACCUUUACCGCCAGACCAGGGCGUGGUGGUUCUACUCCUGCUGAUACACCAAGCUCUAUACGCACAGCCAGACUCACGUCCCAAGAUACAGAUGAAGCCAAAGCCAAGGAGCGACGGGAUAAUCUGAGAAAGGAGCGGGAGCAAGAUCGUGAGAAGGAUCGGCAGAAAGAACGGCAGAAAGAACGAGAGCGUGAGAAAGAGAAGGAAAAGGAAGACGAUGAGAAGCAAGCGGCUAAGAAGCUCUCGACCAUCUCCCGUCGUCGACCUAGAGAAAGGAGACGAGCUACUGGGGUAAUUUAUGUUGAUGAAGAGAAUGAAGAUGGAUCUGAAGAUUCUCCAUUAGAAGAUAAAGAGAAAUCCAAACCUGAAGAAAAGCCUUCAGAUCGUUACAGUAGACCUCUCUCAACUAGUUCUAUAUCAAGCCGAUACGGUGAUACUUCUACAACGUCCUCACCUUCGGAUCGCUAUGCAAGUCGCUCAGGAUCAGGGUCUACUUACCGGGACAGAGAUAGGGAUCGAGAUCGCGACACCGACAAGACGACCGGGACACCCUGUACAAGUUGCAAAAAGAUUUAUGAUGAAAAGGUGGCGCAGGUCACCAAGCUUCAGGACCAGGUCAAAGAGCGUGACCUUGAGGUCGCCGAGCUGAAGAUGCAGGUGGAGAAGUCUCAGCAGAAGUCUGAUCGAUUUGACACAAAGUCAGUCGACAAUGAAAAGAGGGAAAAAAGGGCAUUAGAAAGAAGGCUAUCAGAACUUGAAGAAGAACUGAAGGCAAUGGAGCAAUUGAAAGCUGACAACCAGCGACUCAAAGAUGAGAAUGGUGCCUUAGUACGUGUCAUAAGCAAACUAUCCAAAUGAUGACGCCCAUGCAGUAGUGUCUUCUAGUGUGUUCAAUGUUUGACGUCAUUGCUUCCAAAACGGGACUAUAUUUAAUAAAGGGCUAAUUGAGUUGAUGCCGUGCUUGUGUGUUCGGACCUAGGUAGUUGGGAUUGGCUUGGUUUGAGCCGAAUAUUGACGCAUUCACGUUGGAUACAAAAAAAGAUUUUUUUUCGUUUUAAAACCGUCCAAGUUCUUGCUGUGCAUUUGAAAAACUGCAAAAAAAAGAAAACAAUGUAUUGAUCGGAUGACAUGUUAUAAUGGAAUGAACUUUGAUUAAUGGAGGUCACGGAGGGUUGGCAAUUCCUUGGUGCUAGGGUUCAAUGUGGGUUCGCAACAACUCGUGACUUUAAAAUACGCAAUCAGUUUUUUAUUUUUAGAAACUUUGUAUUUGACCUGUUUGAAGUAUGCUAGCGAAGGCUGGCGUUUUAAGGAGUGCUGAAUUGUCGUUAUCGUUUGCAGAAGCUGCUUUUGGAAAGUAGCUAUGGGCAAUUAAUGUCCAUGAUGGUUUGGACCAUUGACGUUGGCAAGGAACAUGAAGCGUUCACAACAGAUCACCUAAAAAUGGCGGCCGUUGAAUACCUCCUACCUCUCAGCAUUUGCCCCUAUCCGCUAUAUCCUUUAAGUUGGUUAAAUGUCUGUUUGUUUUCCAUUAUAAAAUAUAAGCAUUAUGAACUGAAGUUAGUACCUAGUAUCUGAUCCCCCUGGUGGCAGUGAGACAAUAGGAAAAAAAUAAUUAUGUUUCAACAAAAUGAUUUUGUAUUCUAGGCUCUUAUUUUUCCAGCUGGUUAGUUGGUGGAUUCCCGGGAAUUGCUUUGGUCCCUGUAUGUGGCUGUUGUUUUGCCAGCAGGUAUCACUCUACUCUGAAAGACAGUCAUCUGAUGACAUCCACUUGUCAAGAGUAACAUCCACAAAUAUUUCUGAGCAUUUCUACCAAAUUAUGAUGAGAAACUUGAAUAUUGAAUAUUAUCAGCCGUUUUUUGGCAUGCGAGACAGUGUGUUACAGAAGAGGCCAUUUUCAUUAGUAGGUCAAAGUAACUGUCCACCAGUCCAACCCCCCCCCCCCUUCCCCUUCUUUUUCUUUCCCUCUGAUCUAUUAAUCAACCUGACUGUGGUGUGAAAGUUUCAUUUUAUGAUAGAAGAUGUUUUCUUUUUUUCGGUAGCGACAUAAUGUGUACAUAGCAAGUGAAAAAUCAUGUCUGAGUGAAAAACCAAAAACCAAUGAAAAACAUGAGCAAAAAAAAAUUAUAAAAAGGAAGAAAAAAAAACAAUUGUUAAAAGGAAACUUUGACAGAAGAACUUUCAACUGUUUAUUUGUAAAGUGUACAGAAAAAAAAAUAUGUUUAGCAUUUUUUGUAGGCAGGGGAGAGUAACAUGUGAAGACCUCAGGUGACACCAUUAUUGCAAGUAGACUAAUACUGUUAGGCGUUGUAUUGUACUAUUAUGAGGGAGAAGAAAUGCAAGUGGCAGCUUUCUUGUUCGGGGGGAAAUGCAGAUCAAGUUUGGAGUCCCACCCACGAUAUUCAAAUCUCUAUUCAGGGUUUUAAAGAAAUAUAACCUUGAUAGUGACUAGACAUCUUUGGUUCUUUGGUUCUAUGUCUUCCAUGGUGCAGAGCUUGAGGAAUAUCGUGGACGGAUGAAAUUGGUUGCAGAAGUGGGAUACACACAUUAGGCAGGAAAGCCCCCUAAAUGCUUUGAUGUGUUGCCCAGACUGCAGGUAUACAAAAUCUGGAAAUAUGAGCUUGUUUGGAGAACAAUUGAAAAUACUAUUAUUAUCACCAGAUUCUGCCCUGAAUUUACUCUUCCUUUCCCCCCCUCGCCAAGAAAGUCUCGCACUUUGUACAAAUUUUGUCGUCAUUGAGUUUGCAUUAUUGCAGUGGGCGAUCGUUUUUUUGUAAAGGACAUACCGUAUUUAGCAUGUGUGCAAUAUAUGGCAUCUGGAACACUUUGUUAACAAAACAUAGAUCUAUUUAUUGUAAUUGUUAUCCAUAUGUCACCAUGAUACAGUAAGUUUUCAUAUUUUUUUGUAGACAAACGUAGGUAGGAUCUUGAUGAAUUAACCUGUUUAGUGAAGUAGGUCUUGAACACCCAUCAGGAGCCUUUCUUAGAGAUGGCACGCACAAGUCUAUGAAUCCCAACAUUAGACUGGUGCCUGUGAUGUGGACAUGUUCCUUGUAGUGGUGGUUAUAAUGCCUUUCAGGAACUUGACCUCAAUGGUUGCUGUGCGCUGUUUGAUUUCUUGUAGCUGGUUCUCUUAUUUAACUGGUAUCCAACUCUUAUGUUGCAAAUAGUAAUGCUGUGGAAGCUCGAUACUAAAACACCAAAACUUCUCGGUGAUUAAUGAGAAAAAAAAAUUUCAGCGAGCUGUCGUUUCCUGAAGCAGCGUCCUCAGUGUGUAAAACACCGACCAUUUCUCAGGCCAGAGUUGAGGUCUUGCGACAAGUAGAUGGAAGCAAGCGGGCGAAGAUCCACUUAUUAUUUCAUCCUGGGGAAGAAAGGAUGAAUCUUAUGAGGAGUCUGAUGUAGCAUCUGAACCAGUUGUUCUGUUGUAACUUAGAGUUUUCCGCUGGGCCCAAUUUCAUAGACUCUCAGUAAAUAAAAACACUUUAAUUUUCUUUCCCCCCCAAAAGAGCAAAAUUCUGGAGACACAGUCGCGUACUAUUUGCUAAUCAAAAAAUAUCAUUGCCUGCAACUUUAGGUGUACAUGUGAUUGGUAUCUAUAUGGAAUUUGCCCAGUUGUUAUGACGCUUGUUUUUCUCUUUUGGUGUCAGAAUGUAACAGCAAAUAAAUUGGCCUGUUCUUUCUAUAAGUGGGGGAAUCUCCUGUUGAAAUGUUUUGAGGGGGGAGUGAAAACUAGAUCAGCCAAUCUUGUAUACAUGUAUUUCAUUUGAGACUCCACCUGUAUGUACUGACCCCCCUGGUCCUUGCCUUUUUUUGUAUUUUUGUAUAUUUGUAUACAAACUAUAUAGAUUGUAUUUUAAUAGAAGUAACACAUUUCAGUCGCCCUCUUCAACUAUCAUUAUAUUUUUUUUUUUUUUUUUUUUUUUUUUUUACUUUUAUGCUUGUAUGGUUGCCUUAUAGCUUGUGUUAUUCAUAGUUUUUCCCUCUUUGCGUUGAUUUUGAAGGGGUUUGCAUAAGAUGAAGAGGUUUUCAGUUUAAGGGCGAGAAGAAAACAAAACACUGUCAGUGUGUUAACUCUAUGCCCAGUUCAUUUAGGGGGUAUCUUUUGGGUUGGGUAAUAUUGUAGUAUUGGUCGAGUGCUUGAGCCAAUGUUACCAACUUAAAAAAAGAAAGGGAAUGUUAAAACGAAAGUUUCUUGAUCCGUUUUACCGUUUCCUCGAGUUCUAGUACUUGAAGCGUCUGUUUCUGUUUGAUAUUUAGACGUUAUUUAAACUCAUUUCUUAACCCUUGACUUCAAAUUUGAUAAUUCCAAAGGGUAGUUAUUAACUGAAUAUGUACGAGUUACAGUUCCUAUCCCUAGCGGUCUUGAAGAAUUUGAGUCACUAAUUUGUAAAGUUGUAGCAAAUAUUAUGGGGUGGUUUUUGUUGUUGAUAAAAGUAUUCAAUCAAGUAAUGGGAUGAAGAAGGGGGUGUUAAGAAAUGCAAGGUUUUCUUAGUUUUGCUGAGUGAGCAUUAAUUGACUCAAGUUAACUAUUGAAACUUAGUGUUUUAUUUACAAGGGUUAAGUUUCAGCUGUAUACUCUGGGGUGGAUUUCAUGGAAAGUUAAGACUAGUCUUAAACUCAAUUUAAGACUAGUCUUAUCUCUCUAGCCUUU